CAUGGAGAUGACAGAGCGCUUCCGGACGCUGUGCAUGAACACCGAAGCCAAAGAAAGUCAGUUAAAAACAAUUGCCAGGAAGAAUGGACUCAGAAUAUUUAAUGAAUACUCUUGGAAAAUGUCUUGUGGAGGGAUUAGCAGAAGUAUCCAGAAAAAGACCCCGGGAUCCCAUUGAAUAUCUUGCACACUGGAUUUAUAAAUACAAAGAAAAUCUGGAAUACAGAGAAAAGAAAAAAAUUCAGCAGGCCCUGCUGGAACAAGAAAUAGAGAAAGCAAAGCAAGAAGCAGAGCUUCAGCAAAAAAUGAAAGAAGAAGAGGAGAGGUUAUCGAAGGCACUCCAACAGCAUCUUAAAGAAGAAGAAGAACAUUUGGCAGCUUCGGAAGCACCUCUGGGAGAACUGGCAGAGAAAUCUGGGGCUCCAAGCCUUCCAUCUGUACAAGAAGGCGAUGAAAGCAUUUCUGCUCCUGUGAAAGAUCCUCCUGUGGGACAAGAUGAAAGUGCUCCUCAGCAUGGUGCUUCAGAAGAAUCUAAACCUGCACAAACCCAGCCUGGAGAAAGUAACCAACAGGAAGAGACAAAAGACCCCCCAGUGGAAGUCACUGAGCCUAAGGAGGAACCUCAGGGCAAUUUGGAAGCAGCAAAAAAUGAAUAAAUCACUAAUAACCAUUACUUUCUAAUUAAUUGUGUUAUUUUGCCAACUAGUUUCUUUCAUAAUUUCAUACUUUGUUUUUUUUCUACUUUUGUGACUUUAAAAAUGUUGCCUUGUAUUUAUUUAAAAUGCUGAACUGAGGAAUGGAGAUUUGCUCCUUCUGGGGUGAGGCAAAUGGACAAGAAGUGUAAGGAUAAUCUGAACUUGAACAGAACACUCAUUACAGGUGAUGAAUUUUCUUCAAGCUGUUUGUAUUUUUGCUUUGUUCCUUUUUAUACAAUUCAAAUCUAUAUUAAGGCAGAUUAAGUUUGGUGGAUGUCAUUCAGUCCAUAACAGCCAAAAGUAAUUGUUUUUGUUCACUUUGAGUGGUAUCUGUGAUGGGGGAGACAAAUUAUUCUAAGCCAUUAGGCACACUGGCAAGGGAUUUGCGAGUAUGUGCCCACAAAAGAGAAAGAUUCAAAAUUAAUCUGCUAAAAUUAGUGUCAAGUAGCAUGAAGUCUUUAAAAUGUAUAAAAACUAAUUUGAAAAUCUCUUUGUAUGCUACAGUUGGAACUAAAUUAUGCAAAAUAAAUUAAAAUAAAUGCAUAUCAUUUUCCUACUGUGUAAUUCUGCAGCAUUUAAACCACCAAAGUGAUUACUUAAAAUUAUUUGUACGCACAGGAUUUCACUUUCUUUGUAAUAUUCAUUGUAUUCAUUCAAAUAAAAAACUGUAAAACU